AUGGUUCACUUCACUUCCGUCUUCGCUGGGCUGUCGCUCGUAGCUGGUUCUCUUGCCGCGCCCUCCAAAGAAGGUCUCUUCUCCAAGAUUACCAAGCGGGCUGGUACUCCCAACAGUUCCGGUACCAACAACGGAUUCUACUACUCCUGGUGGAGUGAUGGCGGUGCCGAUGCUACUUACACCAACGGUGAGGGAGGUUCUUACUCCAUGGAGUGGAAGGACGGUGGUAACGUCGUCGGUGGUAAGGGUUGGUCUCCUGGAAAGGCUCGAACCAUCUCCUAUGAGGGAGAGUACAAGCCCAAUGGCAACAGCUACCUCUCCGUCUACGGCUGGACCCGAAACCCUCUUGUCGAGUACUACAUCGUCGAGUCCUUCGGUACUUACAACCCCUCCAGCGGUGCUACCAAGAAGGGUACAGUUGAGGCUGAUGGCAGCACCUACGACAUCUUCGAGACUACUCGCACCAACGCCCCUUCAAUCGACGGUACUCAGACCUUCCAGCAGUACUGGUCUGUUCGCCAGCAGCAUCGCUCUACUGGUAGCGUUGACACUGGUCUUCACUUCGAUGCCUGGGAGAAGGCUGGUAUGAAGCUCGGUACCCACGACUACCAGAUCCUCGCUACUGAGGGUUACUUCAGCAGCGGAUCUUCUCACAUGACCGUUUCUGAGGGUGCUUCUUCCGGUGGAUCUACUGGCGGUGACGCUUCCCAAGGCGGUGAUGCUUCCCAGGGCGGUGACGCUUCCCAAGGAGGCGAUGCCUCUCAGGGCGCAAACGGUCAGCAAGGUGGCAACGGAAACUCUUUCCAGCAGCCUGGCAGUGAGAACCAACCCCAGCAACAAGAGAUUGACACUGGCGCUAACGAGCCCUGCCAAUAA